CUGAAUCCCUGCACUCACAUUACCUUGACAGAGGCGAGUCUCUCUCACUCGGCUCUUUACACAGAGGAGUGGGCUCUACAGGCGAAAUUUGGAUCAGUACAUAGUGGAAUUCAGAGUUGUUGGGAGGAAGACCCGAGUUUACAUUAGGCUACUUUUUUUUUUUUUUACUUUUGGUCAUGAAUACAAUUUUAAACAAAACACCACUCCGCUUGCCUCCAUUCACGCACGUUAGGCAAUCGAGAGGAGUCAAAGACUUAAAACUACUUCCUUAGGUGCCAGUUACUGCAAAGUCGAACACGAAGAAGAAAAGUAAUAUUUGAUCCAUGCACGUUGUUAUGUUUUUUUUCUCUUUAUGGAAUGAGGAUCUAAAUACUUUCUCCUGAACAAGCAUUGAAGUAUGGAGAAUGUUACUCUUUUUCAAGACAACCAGACACAUGGAAAUUGGACCGACUACACCACUGAGUACAAAGUGGUUAGUAUAGUUUUGGUAGCCCUAAUAUGUGGCGUUGGUAUAGUGGGCAAUGUUAUGGUUAUCCUGGUCGUCCUUACCACCAAACACAUGCGGACACCCACUAACUGUUACCUGGUUAGCCUGGCUGUCGCCGACCUUAUGGUCCUGACGGCGGCAGGGUUACCGAACAUCACAGAGAGUUUAUACGGGGAGUGGGUUUAUGGAUAUGUUGGAUGUCUCUGUAUAACUUAUCUUCAGUAUUUGGGGAUCAACGCUUCCUCUUGCUCUAUCACGGCGUUUACUAUUGAGCGGUACAUUGCCAUCUGUCAUCCGAUUAAAGCGCAGUUCAUUUGCACACUGUCCAGAGCGAAAAAGAUCAUAGUGGCCGUGUGGACUUUUACCUCGCUCUAUUGUGUCAUGUGGUUCUACCUGUCAGAUUUGACACAAUUAGUGUUUGAUAACAUUACUCUUGUCACCUGUGGAUACAAAGUACCGAGGAGCUUCUAUUUGCCUAUAUACUUCACGGAUUUCGCUGUGUUCUACGUUGUGCCCCUCCUUUUGGCCAUGAUACUUUAUGGGCUCAUCGCAAGAAUUCUUUUCCUCAACCCACUACCAGCUGAUCCCAUAGAAAAGAGUAAAAAGUGGAAAAAGGAGUCAUGUUCAGGAUCUAAAGCACUUGGCUCUAAUAACUCAUCUUGUAGUAGGACUACAGCGACCUCACGCAGACAGGUGACAAAGAUGUUGGCUGUGGUGGUGAUUCUCUUCGCCCUGCUGUGGAUGCCCUACCGGACGCUGGUGGUGGUCAAUUCUUUUCUGACGCAUGCCUACCUGGACACCUGGUUCCUGCUCUUCUGCCGCCUCUGCAUCUACCUGAACAGCGCCAUCAACCCGGUCAUCUACAACGCCAUGUCGCAGAAGUUCCGCGCCGCCUUCCGCAAGCUUUGCCACUGCGGCCCGCAGCGCUCCGAGAAACCGCCCACAUACAGUGUGGCUCUCACCUACAGUGUUAUCAAGGACACCUCCAAUGGAGAAAGCCCCGACCACUUCACCACCGAGAUGGACGAGCUGGCCACCCACACCGAUCGGUUCCUCCCAGGCAGAAAGAGGCUGUCAUUUCAGGACCCACCCAUACUUACUGGUCAAGUCACCCAUAGCACUGCCUGACAACAUACAGUUUUGUGUUUUUCUUAACUUUCAGUUGUUUAGAUGGCCCAGAGAGAUGGGUUCAUGUCCACUUCUCUUUUUCCCCUCUCUCUCACGUAAGUGUUUUGUCCAGCGCCCAGGAUUAGAUCGGGAUGUGCGUGCGUUUUUUCCUCUUUUUCCUCUUCAUGUCCACUUCACCCUUAAAAGACAAGACUUUGCUCUUUGUAAAGAAAUGUUUGUUUGUGCAGUGGUGUUGUGGAUGUUGACAAACAGUGUUGAAAGCCUCCUGGGGAUCAACUAAGAUCACCAAUCUUUUGUGUGGCCGUGAUGUCAUGGGCUGUUACAGCUAAACAGCCCAUUGCUCUUAGAUCAGAGGUCUCCAUUGUGAGGGGUCCUAAACAACUUAAGGUAGACAACAGUGUGCAAAACAAAAGCAGGAGCAAUAUAUAAUGCUUGGCUGCUUGGAUAGCUGCCUGGCAACUGUUUGGUUAAAGGGAGAUUUAGCUGACGGAAAAUAAGCCAAGACCAUCCAAUUUUCCUGUCAGUAGAAUUGAUGGCUUGUGGCCUGCAACACAUCCCCACCAGAGAACUGUUUCCACAGUCCACCGAUAUCCAUCAGUGCUAAAGUUGGCCACUUGCGGGACCCGUUAUAGCGCCUUGUUCCCCUGCAACCACACUGGUUGGCUGACCACUCCCUUAACGCUAGGUACUCCAUUUCCCUGCGUAAGUGGUUUUCUUCACGGGCAGUGGGCCAACUCAAUGGCCCAGCGCAAUCAAUCUAUUUCCAUAUUUUCUCAUCGAGGAGUGCAUUCAUUGCAUCGAUUUUCCAUGACGGAGGUGUUUCAUGGCGGCAGCGAUUUUGCUAAUAAGGUUAGGUAUCAGGCAAAAGCAUGAGUUGAAGGAUUGCACCCCCCCACCCUACCCCCCGUGAAAUCACAUGGUUGGGUGUGUCAUUAUCAUUCCAAAUUGAAGUGUCAUUAUCAUUCUAAAUUGAAGCAAAGUCCAUGCAAAUGAUUUUAUUGUUUUAUUGUAUUUUUCCAUGAAUUGUUUGUUCUGUAAUACAGAUCCUUUUUGCAUCAUAACACAGCCGUGUUUUUUUUUUUCAAACAUUCUGGUGCAGUAUCAUGUUUUAUCUUCAUUUAUUUGAAAAAUGUGUUUGAAUAGACAAACAACAUCUAUUUAGAGUGUUUUUACAAAGAAGUAAUGAAAAUAACCUUUUACAACCCUGGCUGUAAGGGUGCUUCAGGAAGGGUCCUUAUUACUAAAACUGGCAGCAGAAAUCACUCCAUUACAAAGUUCAGACAUCGGUCACAUCUCUAAGGGUUUGUAUAAGGGAAUACGCCAAAUAACCUUUUAGUUAUGGAUUGCAACCCGUCUUUUUAAAAGGUUAAGCAGUUAGUGACUUAGCAGUAGGCCUAACUCCACAUUAAUAUCUGAAGACAGUGUGCUAUGUAAACCAACAUUUUAUGCCAUAAUCGCUGUUGUUAUGGUUCUAGUCUGCUUGUAUAAAUUACACCACCUUUGUACUGUUUGUGAUCCUUGGUAUCAGUAGCAGUUUAAUGUAGCCUGAAUCUUCAUACAGAUUUUUCUUUUUUAACUUUGCACUUUCUUCUGUAUUAUUAUUGUUACCAAGAGUGGUGAAGAGUUGUCAUAUGAAGAGUAUCUAUCUAAAAUGUACGGUGGAUUGGUUUGUUUUCAUAUUACAGCAUGCAUAGCAUUUGCCACAUAACAUUCUGGUGUGAUUAAAGAAGUCCAUGGGUAGCAGUAAUACAGCACACCUGAUAUUCCAGAAGUACCGCAGUGUUUUGUCAUCAGAUUUGUUUUCAUGAAUUGUUUUUGUAUUUUGUACAGUUGUUUGUCAGUGAUGAAUAAAGUCUUGAUGUGAAGUAGCAAACCCUCACAGUACACUGGCAAA